GUGACCACGACCAAGCGACUCUGAAAGGAAAAGCCGAGUGGAUGAGCUGAGAUGAGACAUUCCCGCUGAGGAAGUGUUCCUGACCAGUGGUCCAGUUCGCUGCAAUAACACCCUUUUUUUUGUUUUUUGUUUUGUGUAACUUUUUACAGCUUUGCGUUGACAUCGUAGCAUUGUACCUCUUCUCCCGCUCCAGGCCCCCCAAACGGCCUCCUGUUCGUUCGGUGGACUCGCCGGGAGCUCGUCCCUGAUUGGCUCACGGUCAGGCAUGUCCCGUCCCCUGUAUACCUCUUAUGCGCCUCAAACAAGGCAGGGCGAGAGAGACGCCCGUACGUCGUCUACUCUCGUAGGACUUGGACCCAGCCUCGGCUCUUCUGCCGGUCGCUCGCAGGCUUCCGGCAGCAUGGCGAUUCCCUCGCUGGUGCCUAAUUAUCGGCCCAAGCAAAGAGCCAAGACCAAUGAAGACAUGCAGGCUUCGGCUCAAGACGCUCACAGGCGAGAGUUCCACUCCCCGGGUGCGGCAACGAGCUCAUACCAAAACAUCAGCAGACACUCGGACGGUGGCGGUAGCUCCUUCAGUUGCUUGUCCAGCUAUGACCGAGCCGCCGCUGACGAUGCCUCCCCUGCUUAUUAUCGUCCGUCGGCUUUGGCGGGGGGCCGUUCGUCGUUUCGUGUCUCCGGUGAGGAGGAUCGCGACCUCCGCGCCAUUCCAGGCCAACAUUACAGCAAACCCGACGUGGCCCAAUCCUCUGAGCCCACUCACCCCAGAUAUACCUCUGAGACGGCAGCCAACAUCCUGGUGCACUUUGGACUUGAAAAGGAUGACUUGGAACAUCUUAUCUCCUACCCUGAAGACCAGAUCACCCCUGCCAACUUGCCCUUUAUCUUGCGCCAAAUCCGCAUUCAGAAGUCCAAGAAGGCCUCGGAUGCCGAUCGGCCCAAACCCAUCUCUGAACCUGCCCCCGCCCGAGGCCCUGCUCGCGGGGACAGUUGGAGAAGUCCUGGACUGGUAGGGAUGAAACGAGAGGAUGCGCCGUCUCCUCUUCUCCAGUCGAGUACGGUCAUCGACUACGGGCAUAUGAGCAAAUACGCUGACAGGGUGGAGGUUAACGUAGAGAGCAGAACUAAAAGAGCUGAGGGCGACAAUUUGAUGACAAUGGACAAUUUGGGCAGAAGUCGCGGUCAAGAGCCGGCGCAGCAGGUGGGAAGAAGCGCCGCCGCCCUGGUGUCGUCUUCCUUGGAUCAGCAGGCAAGUUCCAGCUCUUACUUCCCCUCCAUCCUGACAUCUGCCCCUCCCAAAAUUCACGUCAAACAAGCACCGACUAGUGCACAGUCAAUGUUCCCCUCUUUCUCUCUGCUGGCUAAAGACACAGAUACUCGAGACAUCAAAUCUCAAGCCCCAAACCCCGCUAGUUUUGAGCAAGUGCAGGCUAAGCCUAAACCCAACUUUAAACCACAACCCCCCUCCAUUUCGCAUCGUCACAUCCAUCCCAGCAGACCUGAUCUCGUGGUCCUCGGAGGGGAUGACUCCAGCAGGAGCAGUGAUGACGUGUGUAAAAGUCAAGCUCCAGCUGUUGCAGAGAAGUGCCCAAAACAGCAGACGCCUACACAGCAGCAGAAUAUCAAGAGAGGGCAGCAACAAAAUCAGGAGUCCACGCAGAAGCCACCAGAAGUAAAGAAGCAGCAGCAGGCGCCCAAGACCGCGGCCAAGCCGAAGCCCAAGCCGCAGCCCGCCAAGCCCAAGCCGCAGCCCGCCAAGCCCAAGCCGCAGCCCGCCAAGCAGAAGCCGCAACCGGCCAAGCCCAAGCCGAAGUCGGCCGUGCCCAAGCCGCAGCCGGCCGCGACGAAGGCCUUGUUGCCGACCGCCCCCCAGUUCACGCAGCUGACGUGGCAGCAGAGUUUCACCGCGGGGCAGCAGUUUCAUCCCAUCCCGCCCACUCUUCCCAGCCUCUUGAGCACGCCUACACUUACGUCGUUCGCCCCGCAUCCGCGUUCCGUCGCCCUCCGUCUCCCGCAACCCCAGGCGCAGAUGUCGGCGUCCCUGGAUUUACAGACGACAGCCAUGAUGCUGGACUAUGUGGCGGCCACGCCCAGAGUCUUUCCACACACGUGUUCUCUGUGUAAAAAACAGUGCGGCCUGAUGAAGGACUGGCUCGAUCACCAGAACUCCACCCUUCACCUUGAGAGCUGCAAAGUCUUUUGCAAGAAAUAUCCACAAUGGGAUGGAGAGGUGGUGAAUGUCCUCGAGGAUAAAGAACGAGAGAAGUCUGCGUCCACCCCACAAUCUCAGAGUAAGAAGCCCCAACGAAGGACUCGUUCAUCUUCCCGCUCUGCUUCUUCCCGGCGCCGACGCACCCGCAGCUCGGAUGCUCUAAGAGAGAAAAGGAGGAGGAGGAGUCGAUCGCGCUCGCCUCACAGUUCCAGAUACAAACGCAGGUCUCGUUCUUACUCCACAAACUCGUCUGACUACGGUCGUUCGCGCUCCAGAAGUUACGGAAGGCGCCCUGUGCGCCGAAGUCAGGAGGCGCAUUCGUCGUCGAGGAGGAGCCGCGAAAGGCGGUCGUCGUCGCGCAGGCGGUCGUCGUCGCGCAGGCGGUCGUCGUCGUCGCGCAGGCGGUCGUCGUCGUCGCGCAGGCGGUCCUCGUCGCCGCGCAGGCGGUCCUCGUCGCCGCGCAGGCGGUCCUCGUCGCCGCGCAGGCGGUCCUCGUCGCGGAGAAGCCACGAUAGGCGCCCGUCACCAAAGAGAACCCGCGAGAGACGGUCACCCUCCAAGAGGAGCCAUGAAGCGACCACAGAUCCGCGGAAUAGCCAGCAGACGUCAACCAGGGCAGAGAGCCUUGCAAAGAAGCUUCUGGAAUCAACAGCUGUCCAGUCUCUGUCAAGAGAGUCUGACGUGGAGGCUAUGGUUAAAACUCUGGCCCCCGCCUUGUUGGCGGAACUGGCCAAAUUGAAGUCGACUCGUUCAAGCUCUUCCAAAGGAAGCGCCGCUGCGGCAUCCACUGCCACCACCUCAUCUGUAGGCAACAAAAAGCCGGCGGUAGCCAAAACCACCUCCGAGUCUGCCAAAGCCUCCGUCCCAACCAUUGUCACACUUGGAGGAAUUCACCAUUCUCUCAGUUACAGCGACAUUGUGUUUCUCGCCGAGCAGUGCGGAAAAACCAAAUCGGUCGUCUUGUUUCGCUCCAUACGGGAGGCAGUUGUGUGUUAUGAGAGCCAGGAAGAUGCAGAGAAACUGAGGAACAAAAGCAACCUCCAACUGAAAGGUUGGCCAAUCAUUGUUGUGGAAGAUAAGGAGAGAGUCCCCAGGGUGCAGAAGACCGAUCUUCAGAAAAAUCCCCCUGCGCCGUCCAAAGUCUCGAAGACCCAAUCGUCGAAAAGUACCUGCGCCACGCCCGCUGCUCAGGGCAAAGCGAAGAAUGUCCCAAGCAAACAGAUCACCAAGACGGUGAAAAAAGCUGAAACAUGCACAGUGAAUGCACCAGCAGGCGCUGUUGGAAAGAACGUCAACGCUGCAGACAAGCAGCACAAUGUGAUAGCCAAGAGGACAGAACCAGAAUCCGUAGAGGUGACAGAAGCUCCGCAGCAAGCCGUGGCUGAAAGCAAGCUGCCGAAGGAAGACGUGAGCGACCCGCGACCUCCACCCGAUCCAGAUCGUCCUGAGCCCGUGGAAGUGGACCCUUGUUCGACGGCCGAGGAGCAGAACCAGCAGAGUACCGGGCCCGAAGCGGAACCCACAGAAGGACCAGUGCCUGCCCAAGGCGACUCACCUGCCGAACACCCAUGCGACGCUGGAGGCACAGCAGUGCAGCAACAAGCCAAAAGGCCAACAGACGCAGCUGUCGUGGAGGAGGCGGUGACCCCACGUGGCUCUGACGCCUCACUGGUGGAGGAUUUGGUGACCUUAUGCGGUUCUGAAACGGCAUUGGUGGAAGAGCCUGCGCCCCAACAUGGCUCGAAAGAAGAAAUGGUGGAAGAUGCGGCGCCCCCGCGCAGCUCAGACGUAGCAGUGAAGGAGGAGGAUGUGGUGGCCCCAAGUGGUUCCGACGCAGCUGUGAAGGAGACUGUGGCGCCCUCUCGCGGCUCCGAUGCGGCAGUGGAGGAGGACGCGGUGGCUCCGCGGGGCUCCGACGCCGCAGUGAAGGAGGAGGUGGCGCCCCCAUUGAGUUCUUAUGCAGCUGAAACUCUCACCAUUGGAGAGAGGAUGAAAGAACAUCUGUUUCGAAACAGAAUCCCGUGCCUCAAAACCAAAACCUGCUUCCAAAAAAGAUUUUUUUCACUCGACAAGAAGCAUCUGUUGAUAAACAACCUGCCCGAUGAUGUGCACAGCUACUGCGAGCAGGACCUCAUCGAGGUGGUCAAGCCGUUUGGAUUGGGGCCCUUGGAUGAGAGCAUCUACAUUAUUCCUCAAACAAAAAUGGCAAUUGUUCAGCUGUCGGAUGCGGAGGGCGCGCAGGCCGCCAAGAAAGCCAGCAGUCGCGGAAAAUUAACUCUUGGAGGCUCUCAAAAGAGACUGAUCGUUUCCAUCCUGGGCAUAGACGUCCCUAUGUGGCCGGCUGGCUUCUAUCACUCGGUGAUGAAGAUGAUGUCUUCUCCGGUGGUGCAGUUCCGCCCGAGAACCAUCUUCAUCAAAAGCAUUUCGCUGAGUGACACCGCCAGCCUCCGGGAAGCGUUGAAGAAGAUCGGCGGUGUCAAAAACUUCAUGCCGCUCCUCAACAAGGUCUUUGUAGAAUUUGAGUCUGAUUGCGAUGCAGAUCGCUUGGGAGUUUGGUACUUCCUCCUCGAUCAAUGUCCUGCCUAUCAGCUCCACAGGCUGGGCCUGCCUCGAUCAGGCACCGCACUGCCACCGAGACUUCCUGAGAAAGCCAUCCCGGACAGCAACGUGGCAGCUGCUGGGGCAACCGUUCUGACCUUUAAAUUUGGCAUCCCGCAAGGCACCCAUUCCCCAUUCUAUCUGCCCAUGAGGUCAAAACCCUACCUGUUUGUAACCCAUUCCCCCUGGUUUGUCAUCCCAGAGUUCCUGACUAUCAGAGAAGCAGCCGACAUUGACAAGGCCACGUGUCACGCUGCGGUGGCGAUGCCAACGAUCAUGUUGACGGGUUUGCCUGAACAGUAUUACAAACACGAGGACGUGGCCCGGCACGUGUGGCCACAUAUGGACCCGAAGGACCUUCAGGGGCUGCACUACAACGUGAGCGUGCUGCCGCUCCAGAGGAGGGCUUUUGUGCAUUUCAGUGAGUGGAACGCUUGCCACCAAUUCCUCCGCAGUCACCUACAGAAAGCGGUGUCGGUGCAGCGCCACCAGCUCGCGGUGCACUUUGUCCUGCAGCCCAUGUGCCCUGAACACAGUGAGGAGGACAGAUACGCGUCGCUGAUGCGGCUGAGUUACUCGCACGUCGGCGAGGUGGAGUCGCUGGCUGAGCGCCUGCUUUGUGUGGAGCUCUCUGAGACCCAAAAAACCACCAUUCAAUUCGUUCUACAUUUGGUCUCUUCUCACGCCACGUUUGUCAACUUCCUCCCUUUGGCCAACCGGAUAUUCAUCGAGAUGGCCGACUCCACAGGAGUUACCCGCGUGUUGGAAAAAUCGAAAUAUUUUUCACCAAGUUCUCUGAAAGACAGUGCCGCUUGGAUUCCAGUUAAAUGCUUUGAGAGCGUGAAGUGCUUGAAUCUGCGCCUUCAGGAUCAGAAGGUGAUUCCAUCGGAUCUCGAGAUGGACAGCUGCAUUGAGGCCGCCCCGCAGGGUGUCUGCCCGAUGUCUCCCGCCAGUCCAUCAGCUGACGCCGAACAACCCACCAAGGGGUUCGCGCCAGCACCGCAGGAGGAAGAAACGGCAGCCGAAGAUGACCGUAAGAAACUGGAAUGUUCGAUUGCUCGAGAGCCCACAGCUGCUCUCGAGGUCCGUGACGGUGCGGAGGACAUUUCGGUAAAGGCGGAAGAUGGGCCAGUGUCGGCUUCAGCCUGUGGUGACAGUGAGACCCCGCCGCCUGCUGUUUGCGAUAACAGUGCGACAGCCGUACGUAAGGAGGAAGAGGCGCCUCCCGUUAAAGAGGAAGAAGCCCUUGGCAAAAGUGAUGACGCACUGCGGGAAGAGGAUUUUAAAAACAUUUCUUCAAAUGCACUUCUUUUUGAUGAGCAGCCCUUCAACAUGGAUGACUUUGUCACAGUCGAUGAAGUGGGUGACCUGGAGGACAGCGGGGGGGGCCCCGCCGAGGCCCCCUCCUUAUCCAAGCGAGCUUCUUCCCCAGCUGCUCCGUGGUCUGCUUCCAAAAGGACCAAAGCGAGCACCUCCAAAGAGUCAAAGAGCUGCACGGCGUCCCCGUCAGCCUCCACCAGGGCGACCAGAAGCUCAUCAAGAAGGGGCAUCUCUUCUGGGUCUCUGUCUGAGCCCCCUAAAAAGUCCACCAGAGCCCAAAGCAAAGCCAAAAAAUCUAAUAAUUCCUAUGUAAUGCUGUUGUCUUCCACUGCUUCUGAAAAAGAGAAUUUGGCGACAGUAGCCAGUGAGGAAAGCUUUCACGUCUUGGACAGUGUCGGCGAUGACCAGAAAGCUCUCUCGGACGAAGCCAGCCGCAUGGGGCUCGAUGUCACUAGAGAUGGUGCGAUUGAGCCGCAAGCAGCUCCGGAGCAGGACAACAGCAGUCGGGUUGAAAAUGCUGACGAAGAACAGCCUAAAGUUGAAAAGCAGGAUGACAGAGGAGGAGAAAAAGAGGUGGUGACACACGUGAAGGAGGAAGAUGUGGACAUAGAGCAGUCGGCAGAAUCCUGCCAAACAAACGAGGAUGCUGCGGAGGAUCCAUCCUCAGUUGACCUUGACAAAAAAGUUGUAGAGACUUCCAGUUGCUUGCUAGGCAAAGAAGACACCAUGGCUUCAGGGCGAGAAGCCAAAGAAGAAGAAGAAGACGACGACGACGAAGGAGCACCAGCAUACCAGGUGAUUGAUUCUGUGGAAGAGCUCUCAGCUUCCAUUGAGGAGGAGCACAGUGUCACAGAAGCAUCCAAGAGUCGUGCUACUCCGAGCGGAGCAUCCAAGAAUAGAGCGCGGAUGUCGGUAAAGAAGCAGGCGCACACCACCGCCCCACCCCAUGAGCCUGAGGAGUACCUUGUGGUCGAUACUUUACAAGUUGACCAUUCCGGCGGCAGCACCCCCACGGCAGGUAGGAGGCGGAGCACCAGAGGAAAGACUCAAGAGAAAAGUACCAAAAAAUCUGCGACGGACGAGGAGGACACUUUCCACAUUAUAGACUCUGUGGAAGAGGAACCGAAGGUCACCACGAGGGCUACCAGAGGGAAAAGAGGGAGGCCACCUAAGAAUGACGCAUCGAGUGAGAACAGAGUUCCGGUCUCGAAGAGGACAACUCCUGCUAGUACGUCGCAUGAAACCGCCAAGGAGAAAACGCCAAUGAAGACUGAGGUCGUCAUUAAAGAGGAACCCACAUAUCAGGUACAGAACCAGGUGAAGGUUCCUCCAGCUCCAAAAGGAAAAGGAAGAAAGGGAAGAACGAGGAAAGAGGUGAAAAGGAUAAAAAUGGAAAAAAACGACACAGGCGAUGAAGAAGAAGCCACCACAUUCCAGGUCCUGGACUCUGUGGAGGACGAGACAGGCCAGGAUCUGCCGUCUACUGAGCACACGCAGAAUAGUCCAAAAAAGAAAGACGCGACCGACGACAUAAAUCUCGAGGAUGAGGAGGAAGCGAUGUAUCAAGUGGUUGAUUCUUUGGAGGAAGAUCCGGCUCAGGAAGAGGCGAGCGUCACAGAAGUUUGCGGUCCAGUGAAGACAGAAGAACAGCAAACCGAGUUGGGAGAUAUAGUCACGAAAUGUGACAGCAAACUGGAGACUGGCGUGAAGGAGCCAGAGGAGCCUUCCCAAAUGCAGAACAAGACGCAACAACACGAAAUGCCUCUUGCGACCAGCGCGCUCACGCUGGAUCAAGUGAGCGACGAAGAGGAGGACUUCUCCGACGACGUGGCCGAGAAGGAGGAGGAGCCGAAGGGGCGAGCCGAGAAGGACCGGAAGAAAAGCCAGCGCCGGGAGCGGAGCGAGUCCGGCGCAAGGCGCGCCAGACGAAGUGAGGAUGAGGAAGAGCUGGUCACUGUGGACGAGUUGCUUACGGAGGAGACGGGCGAGGAGCGAGCGCCAGACAGCACAACGUGGGAGGGCAACGUCUCCGAGGGGGAGCUCGCUUUGGUCACUCUGGAUGAGAUUGUGCUGGAGCAGAAGGAGGCAAUCGGGCAGGGCCCGCCCAGCGAGGAAGGACAAUCGGAGGACUGUCUGAAUCCCGAGACUCUGCUGACUUUAGAUGAAACUGGCGACGACGACGAGGAGGAGGCGAAGAAAGGCGACGCUGUGGGGACCUGCGAGUCUGCUGAACGCAAACGUAGCGAUGAGACAGAGGACGACACGACCUUGGUGACACUGGACCAUGUGGGACACGUCGAAGAGGACGUCUUGAGAUGCGCCAUCGAGGAGAGACGCCAAUCGACGUCUGAGAGAAUCUCAAUCGGAAUGAACCAGGUGGAGGCGGCGGCGGCGCGUGACGCUCCCCGGCCACCGAUCGUCCACUUGGAGGACAAGCAGGAAAAGGAGGAGUGGGAAGAGGAGGAGGACAAGAAGGAAUCUGCAUCUGCUGGACAGCGCGUCCAAGGUUCACUGCAAAAACUGGGUAAAGGCAAACGCUUGGCGGAACUCACUUUGACCCCAGUGAAGCGAUCACGUUCUGAGUCUCCGUGUGGCACUGCGGGUUUUGUACUGCCAUCCUUCAAACCCAACAAGCCUCUCGGUACAGAGUUCAUCAUGCCAAAAUCUGGUUAUUUCUGCGACCUCUGCGCGGUUUUUUACGUGAAAGAGAGCACGGCCAAAGAGGUGCACUGCAGCAGCAAGAGACACUACGACAACUUGAAGAACUACUACCGCAAGUGUGAAGAGGAUUCAAGAGCAUCCACUCAAGGCUCCGUCUCUGAUUGAACUCCUUUCCCAACGACUCUCAAAUGUUUCCUUUUCACCUUUGAAAUGAGUUUUCCUUCGUACAAUUUGGAUUGAAGAGCUCCAGCAUGUUAACGUUUUUAGUCUUUUUGGUUUUUGUAGGUAAUGCAAAGGGGACACAACAGAAGUUGUCAUGUAAGAGUUUGUUUUUUUUUGUAUGUAGUCAGAUCGAUGACAUGUACACUGUUUAUUAAAUGCUCACUGUAAAAGGUU